AUGGGUUUCACCCUUCACUCGAUCUACUUCACUCUGAAGUUCAGUGUUCUGCUUGGCUCUCUGCUGGGCCUUUGCUUGGGCCUGGAGUUCAUGGGCCUUCCAAACCAAUGGGCCCGCUACCUCCGCUGGGAUGCCAGUACUCGAAGUGACCUGAGCUUCCAAUUCAAGACCAAUGUCUCAGCCGGGCUGCUUCUCUACUUGGACGACGGUGGUGUCUGUGACUUCCUCUGUCUCUCCCUGGUGGAUGGUCGUGUCCAGCUCCGUUUCAGCGUGGACUGUGCCGAGACGGCUGUGCUGUCAGACAAGCAGGUCAAUGAUAGCAGCUGGCAUUUCCUGAUGGUGAGCCGAGACCGAAUGAGGACAGUGCUUGUACUGGACGGGGAGGCCAGGCCUGGGGAAGUCCAGCCUCAGCGGCCCCACAUGGACGUGGUCAGUGACUUGUUUGUUGGAGGGGUCCCAGCUGAUAUAAGACCCUCUGCCCUGACCCUGGAUGGGGUGCAGGCCAUGCCUGCCUUCAAGGGAUUUAUCUUGGAUCUUAAAUAUGGCAACUCAGAACCUCGUCUUCUGGGGACCCAGGGGGUCCAGCUGGAGGCUGAGGGUCCUUGUGCUGAAAGCCCAUGUGAGAAUGGUGGAGUCUGUUUCCUCCUGGAUGGCCACCCAACCUGUGACUGCUCCGCCACUGGCUAUGGUGGCAAGCUCUGCUCCGAAGAUGUCAGUCAAAAUCCAGGCCUUUCACAUCUCAUGAUGAGCGAACAAGUAGAUGAUGCUGCUGCUGGCUCUUUGCCUGUACUGCCGUAUGCCUAG